AUGAUUUAAAUCUGUUUGAGUUUAACUGUAGGAGGAAAAGCUCAAGCGUCCUGUAUCACUUGGCGAAGUGUUUAUGCAAACACAUACAAGGGCUGAUGGAUCAUUUGUGGAUCAAAAAGCUAAAGAAGUUGCUGAGGCGUAUGCGAAGGGCAUUGAAGACAGGAUGUCUGAAUUGGACGAGGAGGGUCCUCAGAAUUCUGCUAAUUCCUCUGAACAUUCCACUGACCGUAUGCUCAGCAUUGAUGAAAAGAAUGAGAUCUUUCUUAAGUGUACUCAUAAAGAUGACAAAGGCACUCCUUAUGGUAUUGGAUCACUUGUGGAGACGUUGAACAAAGGAAAGAGGAAGGAGAGUUAUGCGAGCUCUUCUACAUCAACCACUGUGGAGCUUCAAGAACAGCUGCGGCGCAAGAUAUCUGAACACGAUGCUGAAAAUGCAAGACGUGAUGAGGAGCACCGCCAAUCUCAAUCUCGGAUCUCCAGCUUGGAGAAACUUCUUGAAUUCAUGAAGGAGAAAGAUCCUGAGUUGGCAGCUUUCUUGUCAUCUGCUUCUACAGCACCUGAACAACCCAACCAAGCAACCACCACACCUACAAGCAUUUUACCAACCACAACAGCUACAACCACCCAACCAGCCAUCCCAACCGCAGGCACCACAGAAGAGACAGGAUUGGCCAAGAGAGUAGCAUCCUCCACUUCACCUACUUUGUCUACUUCUUCUAACUUAUGAACUUGAAUUAUUUGUUGGUAUGUAGGAUGAUGAUCCUUUUGUGUAUGACUAGGAAUCUAGGAUGAUAACUUAUGUAGGAUGAUAAUUUCUGGAAUGUUUACUUGAUUACUGUGUUUUAUGGAUAUUUUUCUUUGAUUAAUGGCUUUUCAAUUCGGAAAUUAAUCAGGUUUAUGACUGUUAACAUAUCACUAAUUUGUGACCAGACCAAUAAGAAACAUAUGACCAUUUUGUGACCAAAACUAUUCCACAUAUGUGACCACUUUGUGACCGACCAUCUACAAAGCUGUGACGAUUAUGUGACUAAACUAAGUUUCACAAACUAUAAAACUUGUGACAAUAUGGUUGCUAAUACGAGACUAUAAAACAGUGUCUUACAAAGGUCGCAAAUAAGAAAGACUCUCUUGCGACCAAAUUGUAACUUAAAGAAACGUAGAUAGCGACUAAAGUGGGACUACUUAAUUUUUUCACCUACGAAAUCUUAGUCUCUAAUCUGUCGCAUAACUCGGACUCUAAUGUUAGUCCCAAAACCGUUGCAAGAUAAGACUGGUAAUUAUCGUCACAAAUCGGUCUCGUAGUUAGCCUCGUUGCGUUUUAGUCGGGUAUCUGCAACUUCCAAUACUAGUCACAGAUGAGUCGCUUAUUUACGACUAUUUAUGUUGGUCAGAAACUAGUCGCAAAUAAGUGACUAAUUUGCGACUGAUUUAUUUUGCGACCAAUUUUUAGCGACCAUUUAAAUUAGUCGCAAAACUGUCGUAAAUAGAGUAUUUGCGACUGUUUUGCGACUAAAAUGGGAGUCGCAAACGGUCU